UUAACAAACAACCGAGGUGAUCCUGAUGGGCACCUGGAUUUAGGAGCCACUGGAGUGGAUGGUCUCUCUUGAGGCUAAGAGCUCCCUGAGCUCGCUAUACUGGUCAGGUUUGGGUGGGUCCGGACCUGGCAGGGGUACAGGGUUGUCAGACUUCUCCCAGGCAAUCUGAAGAGCAGAAGAUGUUUACCCCCCUUCUACCGUCACAGGUUCUCUUAUAUUUUUCCUCAGUUCCUACCACGGGAAGGCAGCAGGCACCAGGCACCAGGGCUCUAUUGGCCUAAACCAUAGUUCUCUGUGGACCAAGAAGUUCUGAAAAUAGAAAAGAGGUCCAAAUCCUGCUUCCAUGUUUUCGAGAGGGUGGAGAAAAGCAGAGUGACCUGGGAGAGGUGGUUAUCAACAACAAAGUGGUAACUUCUCCCCUGGGGUGAGGAAGGUUUUUCCCUUUCCCUACCCCAAGCUGCAAUGGUGCAGUCUGUUACCUUGGAGACCAGCUAACACUUCCCGAGGGGCAAGCUUCACUGUUGCCUUGCUUGGAAGGAGCUUGGACAAACUAGAAGUGAGAACUGGGAGAAGCAAGGCCCUGGGGUGGCAGGAGCCCUUUUUCCAAAGAUGGAGACAUAAACGAAGAAGUACGAGCGCGGGUACAAGGUAGCUCCACAGCUCUUAAUUCUGAAUUCCCAGAGAGAGAAUCUGAUUCAUCUUGGAUAUGUGUCUAACACUGAUUCGAUAAGCCGUGACUUUAGGCUGUGGGGACUCACCCCUCUGAGUAUAGAUGCAGUUCACAGAGAAGAGGACUCAACCUCAUCUCAACAGGAAAAUAAAUAUUGGAAGUUUUUAUAAUGGCUACACAAACGAGUCAUGUCUUCCAUGCUGAAGAUAAUACAUUUCUGGAAAAUCAUUGCAUGAGAAGAAACACGGACACAGAGCCAAGGAAGCAAAUGAAGCAGAACGAUAUGAACGGACUUGAUCAAAAGUCAGACAAUGGCUUACUAGUUACACACAUUAACCAGACACAGGACCUACUGAGGCUGCAGGGGGAUGAGCCCCAGUUGUCAGCAUGGGGGGACUCUGAAGAUUGGCUUUCGACUCACAGCUUAAAGUUUGAGAAACUCACCUUGGCUGACCUGAUAAGUCAGGGCACAGCAGUGCCGGAGGAGGGAACCAGUGUCCUGCAGAAAAUACAUUUCUCCAUCCAGAUCGUCUGCCAGUUUGAAUCAAAGCUUUCUGAAGCUAUUGAACUCUAUCAACAGAGACUUCAGUGGCUCACAGAAAACAGCAAGAAGGCAUUUGGCCUCCUCAAGGGGACCAGAGUUGGCAUCCUCAUAGAUAUGUCAGCGAUCAGCAAUGGCCCCCAGAAAGAGGAGUUCCAAAGUGACCUCAUGAGCCUCAUUGAUGAGCAGCUAAGCCACAAAGAGAAGCUGUUUGUCCUGUCCUUUGGCACCGCAACCCAGUCCCUCUGGCCAGAACCCGUGGAAGUCAACGCCUCCACCCUCCAGGAACUCAAGCUCUGGGUAAAGACACUGCAACCUGAUGGAGGCAGCAAUUUGUUGCAAGCCCUGAAGAAAUUCUUCACCCUAAAGGGGCUGAAUUCCCUGGUGGCCAUAAUGGGGCGCUGCCCAGAUCAGCCUUGUGAAAUCCUAUCUGACUACAUCCAGCAGUCCAGCAUGGGAAGGGACCUCGUCACCCACAUCAUCACCUACAAAUGUGGUGAUCAGGUGCCUCCUGCUGUCCUGAAGAACCUUGCAGAAGCUGUUGGGGGCUACUACCACUGCUACAGCCCGGGGACAGAGCUCUACGCCAGCCGGGAGGUGGACGAGCUCCUGGCAGAAACCCAGAGGGCCCAGAGCGUCCUCAGCCAAGUGCAAGCCCUGCACCGCAGCAGCUCCAGCAACCCCUGCGAGGAGCUCUCCUGCAUGAUGGGAGAGAUUUCCACAGAGAUUGCAAAAGGGCCACUCACAGGUCUCUUGCCUAAACCCCCGAAGCACGAAGCUCCUCUCACAAUCGAGUUCCCAAACUUGGACACAACUUCAGCAGAAUGGCUAAAGGUCAAUGGUCUGAAAGCCAAGAAAUUAAGCCUUUAUCAGGUCCUGGCACCCAAUGCAUUCUCUCCCGUGGAGGAAUUUGUGCCCAUUCUCCAGAAAACCGUGUCAUCCUCUAUCCAUGAGAAAGCAAUGGUGCAAUUUGAAUGGCAUGACGGGACGGUGAAGAACAUUCACGUGGACCUGCCCUUCCUCUACGAGUACCAGAAACAGCUCAGCAGGGCCAUGCGGACAUACGAGAGGCGGAUCGAGUGGCUCUCUCUGGCCAGCCGGAGAAUCUGGGGCACUGUCUGUGAAAAAAGGGUGGUUAUACUGCUCGAUAUCUCCGUGACCAAUUCCAUGUACAUUAUUCAUAUCCAACACUCCCUGCGACUGCUGCUGGAGGAGCAGUUGUCCAACAAGGACUGCUUCAACCUCAUCGCGUUUGGAAGCGCAAUCGAGAGCUGGAGGCCUGAGAUGGUUCCCAUGAGCCACAACAAUUUACAGAGCGCCUGGCGGUGGGCCCUGAACCUGCAGUGUGGGGGCAGCAGGAACGUCCUGGGUGCCCUGCGGAAGGCUGUGGAAGUGGACUUCAAGGACAAGGACAAGCACCAAUCACAGGGCAUCUACCUCUUCACGGGGGGCAUCCCCGACCAGGACAUGCCCAUGCUCAGCUCCUACAUGGCCGAGGCCUGUGGGGGCUGCGACCUCCAGCUGAACGUGUGUCUCUACUACGUGGGCGAGCCGCAGAUGGACACCACGCCCCCUGCCUGCUAUGCCAGCCGCAAUGACACGGCCACUGCCUACAGGGAGGUCGCCCACGCUGCUGGCGGCCGCUUCCACUGGUUUGGAGAAACAGGCAUUUAUGAGAGCGAUGACAUCAACUCCAUCACGGCCGAGAUGGAGAAGGCUCUCAACUACUCCCAAAAGUGUGCCUUACUGGUGGCCUCCCUGAAGAACCACUCAGGAAAAGAAAAGGGAAGUGCAGAUCUACAGAAAGAAAAGCCAAAGAUGCUCCAGCAGAGAAGUCAGCCCAAGAAACUCUGUUCUCCCAAGUCCACGGCCCACUCAGUGGCCAGAAUGAACGUUAAAGAUGACCCUGACAGAGAGAAGAGCCCCUCCUUGAAGGCUCUGAAAUGGCGUCCACCCAGUGGCAGAGCAAGCACCUCGCCAGCUGCAGCCCAGCCAGCGAAAGAUGUGACGACAGAACCAAGGAGGAAGACCAAGUCACAGGAAGAAGAGACAGCUCUCUCGCUGUUCUACACAGACACAGGGAAUAAAGUGGGCGCAGUGUAUAAGAAGUACCCUCAAGGAAGGGGUGUAAGAAGGACUAAUUCUUCCAUUCAGUUGCCCAGAAAGGAUACAGUUUGCUCAAGCAAAGAGUGGGUAGCAAAUUAUGGGCUGAAAAAAUUGAAGCUGGAGAUCUCCAGAUACCUCGGUUCCUGCUGCGCUCAUCAAAAGUCAGCACAGAUAUCAGCAUCUGCCAAGUACUGCAGUGUCUUCCCCAGCAUAGAGGUCAACGGCGUGGUGAGGCACAUUCGGUGGACGCCCAGGGACAUGGAGCUGUACGUCAGGUGCGUGGAGAAGGUGAUGAAGCGCUACAUCCAGAGGCUGCAGUGGCUGCUGUCUGGGAGCCGCCGACUGUUUGGCGCCAUCCUGGAGAGCAAAGUGUGCAUCCUGCUGGACAUGUCCGGGUCCAUGGGCCCCUACCUGCCCCAGGUGAAAACAGGCCUGGUUCUGCUGAUUUGGGAACAGCUGCGGAAGUGCUGCAACAGUUUUAACCUGCUCAGCUUUGCAGAUGGCCUCCAGCCAUGGCAGGAUGCUCUGGUGGAGACCACGGAUGCAGCAUGUCACAAGGCUAUGCAAUGGGUGACCCACCUGCAGGCUCAGGGGAGCACCUCGGUCUUGCAAGCAUUGCUGAAAGCUUUCAGUUUUCACGACCUGGAAGGAUUAUACCUCCUGACCGACGGGAAGCCAGACACGAGCUGCAGCCUUGUUCUCAAUGAGGUCCAAAGACUCAGGGAGAAGCGAGACGUGAAAGUACACACCAUCUCCUUCAACUGCUCAGACAGAGCUGCGGUCGAGUUCCUGAGAAAGCUGGCUUCGCUCACGGGGGGCCGCUACCACUGUCCUGCCGGUGAGGACACGCUCGUCACGAUCCACAGCCUGCUCACCAAAGGCUUCAUCGAGGAAAGGGACCCAAGGAUCGCGUUGCCACCAUUUGAAGGAGAUGAUUUAAGGAGACUGGCCCAGGAGAUCACCAAGGCCAGAAGCUUCCUCUGGCAGGCCCAGUCCUUCAGAUUCCAACUCCAGAAGAAAGACAAUAUGGAAGCAAAGGUCGCUCUUCUUUAGAGAAGUGCCCUCAGCCACAAGAUUGUCACUCGCUGGGGAGCCCUGCACCGAGCUCCCUACCUGGAACACGCUUCCUGCUAUCUGCCUGGUGACUGCUGCUUGACUACCAAGGCACAGGUCAAAUGACAUCAUCGUUUCCAUUGUGAAGAUGUCCCUGGGACCCAUCUAGAGAGAGGGGCCUUCAGGCAGAGCUGGGAGCCUCCAGCCUUCCUUUCAUGGUGUCCCAGCCAGCCAUACUCCUCAUUGCACUUAGCACUGCAUGUCGUGACUCUUCGCUCACUCACCUAACUCUUCUCCUUGACCGUGAGCUCCCUGCGGAUGAGGGGGGGGGGGCGGCAGGCACGUAGUAAACAGUGAGCGUCCAGCUGAGCUGUGGAGCCCAGCUCUGGAAACCAGCCAAACGGGGUUGUUUCCACCCUGGUCCUCCCUGUGCUGCUGCCACCCUGGCCCACAAGAACCAACACAGAUUCACCAUCAGCCCAUCCUCUGCACCACCCCUCACCUGCCAAAGGCUGCUCUGGAACCCAGUCCAGAGCGAAUGCUCUGCUCAAGGAUGUCAAAGUAAGACUGGCUCUUCAGGGCCCAGCCCCAAUAGGUACAUGUGAAAUGAAUGUGUCAUGUAUUAUGUCAUCGAGGAGUCAUUUUCUAAAAAUAAAAAAUUGCUUUAUUUCAUUAA